GCCAAUUUAUGAGAACAAAAGUCAAAUCAAAUAGUCGCAUAUUGCAUUGAAUAUUGCAAAUAGGAUGUUAGGAAUGUACUGUUAGGAAUGCUUCCUGUAAUGAGAGAAAAGGCCUUUCUAAAGACUAUGAGGUACCCAGUCCCUGAAAAAAUGAACAUAACCUCUGCAUUCUAUAGGCUUCAAUAGUAAGUUGCUGAGUAAGGGGUUCCUCUGAGGGGGGGCACUGUUUUGUUAUGUUCGGUCAGGUAUAAAAGGAAAGGGUUAAACCAAGUAGGCAGGCAGUUUGGGAGCAAGAGCAACAACACAUCUGCAGCUAACAUGAGCAACACCAGCAUGAACAUGAGGGGCAAGAUCAUCUUCUACGAGGACAGGAACUUCCAGGGUCGCUCCUAUGAGUGCAUGAGCGACUGCUCUGACAUGACCUCCUACCUGAGCAGGUGCCACUCCUGCAGGGUGGAGAGCGGCUGCUUCAUGGUCUACGACCGUCCCAACUACAUGGGAAACCAGUACUUCAUGAGGAGGGGCGAGUACGCUGACUACAUGAGCAUGAUGGGAAUGAGAGACUGCAUCAGGUCUUGCCGUAUGAUCCCCAUGCACAGGAGCCAGUUCAGAAUGAGGAUCUAUGAGAGGGAGAACUUCGGUGGUCAGAUGUACGAGCUGAUGGACGACUGUGACAACAUCAUGGACCGUUACCGUAUGUCCGACUGCAUGUCCUGCAAUGUGAUGGACGGCCACUGGCUGAUGUAUGAGCAGGCCCACUACAGAGGCAGGAUGAUGUACCUGAGGCCUGGAGAGUACAGGAGCUUCAGGGAGAUGGGCAUGAGCGGCAUGAGGUUCAUGAGCAUGAGGCGCAUCAUGGACUCUUGCUACUAAAUGUUCAAUGAAUGUAUCCAAUAAAUAAAUACCACGAAAUAAAGUAAAUGCUG